UUGAUCAAAAAUUUUAAGUGCUAAUUUCUAUUUUUAUAUUAUUUAUAAUAAUUUCCCAUUUCUACUCACCCAACAUGCUAAACGCGAAACACAAACGCAACAAGAAGACCAAAGUCCGCACCGUGGCCAGAAUCAGCGGCGGCGGCGCCGGCGGCAGCAGCAGCGUUAGUGGCGCUAGUGGCUCCACAUCCAUUAGUUUAGCACAACGUCGCGUCAUUAUACCACGUCCGGAUGUGCUGCAUAACUAUUUGGAGUACAGCCAGGUGAAUCAGUAUUUGGACUACAUUGUGCAUCGCUAUCCGCAUUUUGUCAAGCUUUAUACGCUGGGCACAACGCACGAGAAACGCGAGGUGCGCGCACUGGAGAUCAACUGGAAUAAUCCGGAGAAUAAUGAGCUGCCUUCGCUGGCACGCAUGCAGGCCACAAAGCGGGAUGAGGUGUUCAAGAAAACAGGCAACAAGGGUCCGCUGGUCUUGCCCGGCGAUGUCAAUCGGAAUAUUAUAUUUAUUGAAGCCGGAACGCAUGCGCGGGAAUGGAUUACAGUCAGCACCUGCCUUAACUGCAUCUAUCAGCUAACGGAGCGUUACACCAGAAAUAUUGAGGUGCUACGCAAUUUACGCUUUAUUAUAGUGCCGCUGGUGAAUCCUGAUGGAUAUGAGUAUUCCCGUAAAACGAAUCGCAACUGGCGCAAGAACCGAAGACCGCACAAAGGUUCCAAGUUUGUGGGCACCGAUUGCAAUCGCAACUAUGACAUCUACUGGGAGUGCGGACCGAGCAAAACCAAUCGCAAUACAUACAAGGGCGAGCGUCCGUUCUCGGAGCCGGAAACACGUGCCAUGCGCAACAUACUCGACAGUUUGGCGCCCAACUUGUUGUUCUUUUUGUCACUGCACUCGUAUGGUCAGAGCAUUAUGUAUCCCUGGGGCUACAGCCGCGAUCCGCCGCAUCAUUGGCGCGAGCUGAGCACGUUGGCCAAUACCGGACGCACCGCCAUCAAAUCCUACAAUGGGCGUGAGUAUCGCACGGGCAGCAUAAGUGCGCUUACCAAGCGCACCAUCAGCGGUUCAGUAGUAGAUUAUGUCUAUGGUGUGCUGAACGCACCUUUGGCGCUGGUUAUGGAGCUGCCAUCGCGUGCGCUGGGCUUCCAGCCGCCCGUUGAAAUGAUCAGCCAAAUUGGGCAUGAAAGCUGGUUCGGCAUACGCGAGAUGUGCAAGAGCGCCUUUGAUCUGCGCAACAAAAUCAAUCGUAGUCCGGAGUCCAACGUGUUGCCCAAUCCCAAGUUGCGCCCACGUGCCGAGGCGGGCGCUGGUGAUAGCAAAUUAGCCAGCGACGAUAGCAGCGACAAGGAGCAGCACAAGGUGGCGCAAAAGAAAAAGAAACGCACCAAGCGUUCACUAAUAUCGCAUCAUGAGCAAAUCCUUGAGCUGCAAAAGCGUCGCAACGCCUUGUUGACCGCCUCAGCGCCCGUGCGUCCGGUUACGGCGCCAGCAAUUGUUACGCCCGCAACAACAAGAGCGGCGGCUGCAUCUGCUGCUGCGACCACGUUAAGCGGUCAGGGGCAAGGUGAUGGUCCAACGAACAGUUAUUUUGUUAGCCGCAUCAAGGCCUAUGGUGCAGGUCGGAUAUAGUUGAUCUAGUUGAUUUAUUCUAUCAUCAAUGUGUGUGUUUUGUAAAUUGCUUAAAUUAAAUGUGUCGCCAAAAUUUGGCCGGGUCUUUGGACUCGCAAACGUGCUUUAA